AGCAGAAAUGCUGUGAAAUGAAGUCGCGGUGGUUUAGCGUCUCCGAUGCCCGCAACCCGCAGUACGGUACAAUCCAUGGCUUGACAUCAGGGAUACGUAUCAGUCAAGGAUGCGUAGUGUAUUCAUAAUGUAUAUUUAUCUGUGUGUUGCACUGGAACAGUUUUUAGGUUACGUCAGUUAUCUGUUGUCAACAGUCAUUUUGGUUUAGUGUCAUAUUAAUUACCUUAAUUACGGAAGACGUUGUGAACUUUUAUUAGCAAUGGCAGAGAAGGUGCAGCAGACUUCACAGCAGCCCAUUGUGAAGAUAGGACACUACACUUUGGGGCAGACGUUAGGUGUAGGUACAUUUGGAAAAGUAAAGAUUGGUGAACAUCAGCUUACAAAGCAUAAAGUGGCUGUGAAGAUUCUAAAUAGGCAGAAAAUCAAGAGCCUUGAUGUCGUUGGAAAAAUACGUCGGGAGAUCCAAAAUCUGAAACUCUUCCGGCAUCCACACAUAAUAAAACUUUAUCAGGUGAUCAGUACCCCAACUGAUAUAUUUAUGAUUAUGGAGUAUGUGUCUGGAGGAGAGCUGUUCGACUACAUUGUUAAACAUGGGAAGUUGAAGGAGUAUGAAGCGCGUAGAUUUUUCCAGCAGAUUAUUUCUGGUGUAGAUUAUUGUCACCGGCACAUGAUAGUACAUCGUGACUUGAAGCCAGAAAAUUUGCUUCUUGACCACAAUCUGCAUGUGAAGAUAGCAGAUUUUGGUUUGUCCAACAUGAUGAUGGAUGGUGAGUUCCUUCGUACAAGCUGUGGAUCUCCAAAUUAUGCUGCCCCAGAAGUGAUUUCAGGCAAGCUGUAUGCAGGCCCUGAAGUUGAUAUAUGGUCAUGUGGAGUGAUCCUUUAUGCCUUACUAUGUGGUACUUUACCAUUUGAUGAUGAACAUGUGCCAACACUCUUUCGAAAAAUAAAAUCUGGAGUAUUCCCCAUCCCUGAGUACCUGAAUAAAACAGUUGUGAGUAUGUUGUGCCAUAUGCUGCAGAUUGAUCCAAUGAAGAGAGCUACCAUUGAAGAUAUAAAAAAACAUGAAUGGUUCCAGCGUGACCUUCCUGCAUAUCUCUUUCCGUCUCCAGUAGAGCAGGACUCUUCUGUGAUAGACACUGAUGCUGUGAAUGAAGUAUGCGAGAAAUUUGGAGUGAAAGAGCAAGAAGUGCACAGUGCCCUCCUCAGCGGAGAUCCACAUGACCAGCUUGCGAUUGCAUAUCAUUUGAUUAUCGAUAAUAAGAGGAUAGCAGAUGAGGCUGCAAAGGCAGAGCUGAAGGACUUCUAUGUUGCAAGUAGUCCUCCUCCAAUCUCAUUCAGCCCCAGUGAGCUAAAUCCAAGCCCCAUUCGACCACAUCCAGAAAGAAUAGCCCCAGCUCUACGGGACCGAGUGAUGGGGCCCAAUUCUGGUGGAGGUAGUGACAGACCAUCCAGGGGAACUCCGGUGAAGAGGGCGAAGUGGCAUUUGGGCAUUCGAUCGCAGAGUAAGCCGAAUGAUAUAAUGAAUGAAGUUUAUCGUGCAAUGAAAGCACUGGAUUUUGAGUGGAAAGUGAUUAAUCCUUUCCAUGUGCGUGUAAGACACAAAAAUGCAUUGAGUGGAAAAUAUGUCAAAAUGUCCCUCCAGCUGUAUCAGGUGGACUACAAGAGCUACUUGUUGGACUUCAAGAGCUUCAGCAGUGAGAACAAUGAAGAGAAUGAUGGACCUUCAGUAACAGGUGCAGAUAUCGACUGUGAUCCCAGUGUUUGCCAGCAACAAAACACUGGCCAUCAUACAAUGGAAUUCUUUGAGAUGUGUGCAGCUCUCAUAACUCAGCUUGCACGCUGAGUCUGUGUCCAGUGUCCACUGACAUGAAAGAACUACACAGAACUGUUGAUAUAACAUCGAAGCAUAAUCACUUGCACAUCUUGUGUAUAUUGCUUGUUAUAGUUGGAAGGAAUUUUAAUAUGUGUAUAUCAAAUAUGCCAGUAUCUAAGACAACCAGUAGUCAUUAUGAUUUAGUUAUGUGGAAUGAAAGAAAAGGUCUUUCUUUGCCUUAAAGUCAUGGAAUUUGUCCUCAUACUAUGUUUCUUUGACAAAUUUUCUCAAUUUGUUGAGAAGCAUAAGUGUAAUUGAGUAAAAUAAAGACAUUAUAUAAGA